GUGGAUACUCCGCAUAUCCGCAUAUUCGCAUAUCCGAAUAUCCGCCUAUCGAAUCGCCGUAUCGAACGGUGGCUAAUUUUUAGUUUGAAUUUCGACUGCCAUAAAAAAUAAAUAACACAGCUAAUAAACAAAUCCAGUGUGCGUGCCAGUGUGUGUGUGCUUUGUCUUAAUGAAACGCCAAACUAAAUAAGCUUGGAAAAGUUUUCCAUCCAGUUUUUAUGGCAGCCAGCGGAGCCCGAAAAAGUGUCAAUUGAAUUAGCGUCUCGGAGGCUAAAAAAUAAAGAGCCAAAGGGAGAUUAUCAAGGCGCAACAGGUGAUUGGAUCGCAGAUCAUAAAGUCUUCGCUGGAUUUCCCUCCAGCGAAAUCAACACCACCUGUGGCUCCUCCUUCUGUUUUUUGGCAGCACCCUCCUCAGCUUUUAGUUUGAUUCCAGCUAAAUAGAGUACGUCGGCAGCAGAAAGCAAAUACAUCAACGGAAGGAAGAGAGGGAAAGCAGAAAAGAGAAAGCAGAAAGCAGAAAGGAGCAACCGCAGGGCGGCGGACAUGGCGUAUACGCAAUGCGCAGCAUGUGCUAUUACUAUCGCUGCUACUGCCACGGCCACUUCGAGUCAAUUAAGGAAUUCACACGCCAGCGGACACUGUAAUUGAAGCCCGCACCUGUUCCACCCUCCAUUAGCUUGGUAGCAGCCUUGAAUACUCGAUCGGGAGAAGGGAACCUCACGAAGAACACCGAAAUGUCCGCCUACCGCUACUUCUCAAUCACGGACUUCUCCUUCGAAGGACCUCUGCUCCCGCUGCACGCGGCCACCACGAGCAAGGACGCCAAGGGGGCCGACAGCCCCAGCUCGGAGCUGAACAUCCCCUACACCGUCUUCGAGGUCCUGGUGGCCAUCGUGAGCAUCAUCGGCAACGUCCUGGUGAUCAUCGUGUUCCGGCGGGAGCGCAAGCUGCGCCGCCGCACCAACUACUACAUCGUCUCGCUGGCCAUGGCCGACCUGCUCGUGGGCAGCCUGGGCAUCCCCUUCGCCAUCCUGGCCUCCAUCGGCCUGCCGCGGAACCUCUACGCCUGCCUCUUCACCGUCUCGCUGCUCGUGGUGCUCUGCACCAUCUCCAUCUUCUGCCUGGUGGCCGUCUCCGUGGACCGCUACUGGGCCAUCCUCUACCCCAUGGCCUACUCUCGCAAUGUCCGCACCCGCACGGCGAUAUUCAUCAUCUCGAUGUGCUGGGUGGCCGGCACGAUAGUGGGCUUCCUGCCCCUCUUCGGCUGGCACGCGACGUGGCAGGACAACCAGGAGUGCCUCUUCGUCGAGGUGAUGGACUACAACUACCUCGUGUUCCUCUACUUCGCCACCAUCAUCACCCCGGCGCUCCUGAUGCUGGCCUUCUACACGCACAUCUACCGCGUGAUCAUCAAGCAGGUGCGACAAAUCGUGACCAUGAACCCCGCCUCCGAUCUCAGCCGGCGCUCCUCGGCGGCCGUGGUGCAGGUGACCACUCCGGGGAGGAGUGGCCACACGGGGACGAUGCUGCGGGUCCUGGGGGCGGCCAGGAAGCGGGACGUGAAGGCCACCCAGAACCUGUCCAUCAUCGUGCUGUUCUUCAUGAUCUGCUGGAUCCCGCUCUACACGAUCAACUGCAUCAAGGCCUUCUGCCCCAGCUGCUACGUAGAGCCGCAGCUGACGCUCUUCUGCAUCAUCCUCUCGCACCUGAACUCCGCCGUGAACCCGGUCCUGUACGCCUACCACCUCAAGGACUUCCGGGCCGCCCUGAAGAACUUCCUGCUGAAGAUGAUGGGCGUGGACAUCGACCAGCAGGCGGAGGCCAUCCACCGCUUCUCGGUGGCCAGCCAGCACCGCCUGCAGUCGAUGGACUCCAACAUGCGCUCCACGCAGCCGCGCCUCUAUGUGGGUGAGUAUUCCCCCAUCUGGCUGAGGCAGCAGCAGGAGGCGCUGAAGAACUCACAGCUGCUGCCCAAGUGCGGAGUGGUCGCGCCCUGCUUCAACAACAUCAACCAGACGAUGGCCUCGGUGGCCUCGGUGACCACGGACAUGGAGCGGGGAAUGUGGAACAUCGUGGAGGCCUCCAGUGGCGCGGAGCUGGGCGAGACCAGCUACGAGUUUCCCUCGCCGAACCUGGCUUCCCAGCGCAGCAGCGAGCGCAACAGCAGCUCCACGGUGCCACCGGCUCCUCCUUCAGCUCCUUCAGCUCAAUCGGUUCCUUUGGCUCCUUCGACUUACUCGAAGCCUUCCUGCGCCUCCUACGACAACCACAACUUCAGCUUCAGCCAGGACGAGGACGAGGAUGAGGACGACCUGGAGUUCGAGGACGUCUUUGUGCCGGCCAGCUCAGUGCCCAAUCCUUCCCAGCCCGGCAUAGAUCCCGUGGAACUCCGUCGCUCGUUGGCUUUGGUGAUGAGGGAGAAGCUGCGGUCCGACGACACGGACUCCAGAACCCUUCAGGAACUGCCCGUGGAUGCAGAGUCCAGGGAGCGACCCCUGUCCAUCCAGACCUCGCCCACGAAUGGUCCGCUUCCGGCCCUCCUGAGGGCCAAGCUCUUCGCGGGCAACUCCAACAGCGCUCACUGCCUGCCAGGAUCGACGACGAGUCCUGCCGCCAAGGAGUCGGGCGUCUUUGUGAUCGACAGCGAGGCGAGUCCCGGCUCCAACGGCCACAAGCCCAAGUACCGGAAGGGCACGGCUCGAACCAGGAGCUCCCUGAAGAAGAGCCGAUCCUGCAACUGCAGCUCCGCGGCAAAAGGACGCGGAGCCCACGAGGAGCACAGCAGCAAUCUCGGCAGGGAGCAGGAUCAGCAUCCAGUUGGCCAUCCCUCGGAACACUUCUUCAGUCCGCUGCGGUCCGUGGGCAGCUACAUGCAGCAUUCCAGCCUGUUCCACUUCCUGCAGCCCCACGCCGCCCGUCCCACCUCCUCGGCCGCCACGCCCACUCCCUCGCCGCCGCCCAUGAUGGUUGAGGAGGGGUCGGUGCCGCCGCCUCUGACCACCUCCUCGCCGUCCCUCCUGGCGACCGGUGCGGAGAGUUGACCUCCCCCGGGGAGCAAGGAGCAGAAUCCCCGGGAGAAUAAGGAUAUGAAGGAUGUGAAGGGGUCGAAUGGAGAUGAUCCCUGAGGAAAUACUCGCAAGUCCAAGCUUUUACCCUAAGUACUUCCCGGCUCUCAUUAGCGCUCUUCCGGAAUCGGAGGACUCGUUGUCAAAUUCAAUAUCGGAUCUAGAUCAAUUAGUUGGUUAGUAAGAUUUGCAGCUAGAGAUUAGGAGCUACGCGCAUUUAUUUCGAGUGUAUGGUCAACUCGUUUCCAUGGAGUAGUUAAUUAUGUACAUAUGUGUAAUGUCGUUAGAGUAUUUUAAUGUGUAAAUGUCUGCUUAUGUAUACCUGAUCGUCUGUGAAAACCAAGUUAAGCCAUGCGACAUGAAUUUCAAAGUUGAAGUUAAAUAAAACGAUUAAACAGAUA